UUAUUAUUACAGCAUCGACUGGAUAUAAAACCUUGAGGAGUUUGAGAGAGCAGGAAGGCGGCCUGUGGUGCACGUCAGGAUAUGGACGCCCCUGGUGUCCCCAUGCACCUGCUGCAGACCCUUUCCGCCAGACCCGAGCUUUAUGCAACAACGUUUGGAAGCCCUGGUGUAACUCCAUCUGAUGGCCACAUCAUGGGCAGCAGUAGCUACCCUGAUAUUGACAUCGGGCAGAGAAAAGGCACUACUGCGCACCAAAAAAGGCAAGACAAGAAGAUCGGAGAGCUGGAGAGAGAGGUGGCGUCUCUGAAGGCGCAGGAGAAGGCACGUCAAGCCAAGAAGGAUCUGGAGAGAAGGACGCAGACGGAGAGAUUCAGGGCGGAGUCGAAGCAGAGAGGACGGCAAGUAGAGCGCAUGACAGCGGAGAUCGAGCGGCAAGAACGCGUGCAGGAGAUGCAGAGGAAGAGGAUGGAGAUGGACCUGCUCAGCAUGAAGAUGGUGAUGUGUGCAGUGGAGCGCCGAGGAGGUGCGGAGGUGGAGUGGCUGAGGGCCGAGCUGUACAGGAAGAGGGCCGAGAUGAGGAGUCUUGCGGAGAGGACCGUGACAGGAGGCCUACAUCACACACAGGUGGAUGAAGUAGAGCUGUUAGAGAGAAAGUCAGCAGAGCUGAUGAAGAGGAUUGAAAUGGAUAGAAGUCAGAAUGCAGAAUUGGAGAGAAACGCGAAAGAACACACAGAGAGAAAGAAUGAGGAGUUGAAACGGGAAAGAGAGGAGGAAGAGCUGAGAUUGGAGAAACUGGUAAUGAAGAGAAUCGAUGAGGAGAGAAAGAAUGAGAAGUUGAAACAGGAAAGAAAAGAGGAAGAGGAGAGAUUGGAGAAGCUGGUAGUGAAGAGAAUCGAUGAGGAGAGAAAGAAUGAGAAGUUGAAACAGGAAAGAAAAGAGGAAGAGGAGAGAUUGGAGAAGCUGGUAAUGAAGAGAAUCGAUGAGCAGAGAAAGAAUGAGAAGUUGAAACAGGAAAGAAAAGAGGAAGAGGAGAGAAUGGAGAAGCUGGUAAUGAAGAGAAUCGAUGAGCAGAGAAAGAAUGAGAAGUUGAAACAGGAAAGAAAAGAGGAAACUGAGAGAUUGGAGAAGUUGAAACAGGAAACAGAGGAGGAAGAGCAGAGAUUGCAGAAGAUGGUGGAGCUACAAAGAAAAUUUGAGGCGAUAGACAGACGGUCGCAAGAGGAAAGAGAGGGAAGAGAGGAGCAGUUUAAGGAGAUGGAGGAAGUGAUUGACGUGGUGCUUAAAGUAACGGAGCUGGAAGGAACAUUGGACGCCUUGAGGAAAGAGAGUUACGACCUCAGUGUGCAGUUAGGCGAAGAAACAAAUGAUGUGGAGAGAAAGAAUGAGAAGAUGAAACGGGAAAGAGAGGAGGAAGAACAGAGAUUAGAGGACGUCAAACUGGAAAGAGAGGAGAGAUUGGAGAAGAUGAUGGAGCUACGGAGAAAAUCUGAGGCGAUAGAAAGACGGUCGCAGGAAAGAGAGGAAAGAGAGGAGGAAGCACAGUUUAAAGAGAUGGAGGAAUUGAUUGACGAGGUGCUGAAGGUCACAGAGCUGGAGCGAACAUUGGACGCCUUGAGGAAAGAAAGUUACAACCUCAGUGUGCAGUUAGGCGAAGAAACAAACGGUGUGAAGUUGGACACAGAGAAGCUGACACUGCAAGAAAUGGAGAGAUUGGAGAAGGUGAAACAGGAAAGAGAGGGGGAAGAGCAGAGGUUGCAGAAGAUGAUGGAGCUACGGAGAAAAUCUGAGGCGAUAGUCAAACGGUCGCCAGACAAAAGAGCGGAGCAGUUUAAAGAGAUGGAGGACCUGAUUGACGUGGUGCUGAAGGUCUCUGAGCUGGAGGGAACAUUGGACGCCUUGAGGAAAGAAAAUCACAACCUCAGUGUGCACUUAGGCGAAGAGACAAACGGUGAGGAGUUGGACACAGAGAAGCUGACACUGGAAGGGGUGGAGAUGAGCAAAAGAGAGGAGCAAAAAGACACAAAGAGAACAGAUAUGGAGAGAGGGCUGCUAGCGGAGACAACAUGCACACAGACAAUGGAGGUGAAGCUGAAAAGACAGGAUAAGCAGAGAUGGAGGAAAGAGGAGGAGACGCCGCCGACAACCUCGCACAACCAAGCGUUGGGGAAAGUCACAGCAGAUACCGUGGAGCUAAAGAAGGAUGAAAAGAAAAAACUGAUAGAGGAGAUGAAGAACAACAAUAAUAACGGGCAACAAGAGAGGAUCAGAGAGAUGGGACUAGAGGAGGCCGUCCAAAGAGAAAAGGAGUUCGAGAGGGAAGAGAAAACAAUGAAAAAAAUAACGAUGGUGAAAAAAGAAAAGAAAGGAGGAAAGAGAAUACUGAGGUGGCUGAAGAAGAGACUGGGGAUUUAACACACACACACACACACACACACACACACACACACACACA